UAUCGUGCAUUGUGUAGUUAUAUCUGAUUCAGAACAAAACUCUUUCCGUAGAGGUUCCGUCAAAUGUACAACAAGAUGAGCCCGUACUCCUUAAAAGUGGAGGGUUCGUCUCCGCAAUGCACCACGCCGUCGGAGAGGAAUGGUCAGCGCCUCAUGUCUGUCAAGGUCGGCUGCCUGCACGUCAACCCAACCUCCAAACAUGGUCGUCGGAAGUUCUUCAUACAGCUCUUGGUUCUGUGCUUCGUCCCGCACGCGGCGCUCAUCCUGCAGAACUGUACCACCAUGGCACAACUCUCCAAUACCUUGGACGCCUCCUUGUAUCUGGACAAUGAGGUACAAACAAAUCUGGCUGUCGGUGAAACAGUGAUGGCGUUUCAGAAGGAGAGACUGAGUGCAACACAAGCAAUUUGCCAGCAAGAAUUCCGACAGGAAAGCAGAUCGAAGAUAUUUGACGCCAUCGAGGCUACGGAUAAUUAUCUUGCGACUCUCCCAGCUUCAAUAAUAGAAGAAGGUUUUACACACACGUUAUAGUAAGUCAUUUACUGCUCUCGGAGACCUUUAAUUAUCACUUAAGUAGACACUUAGGUCUCACCAUAAAACAGUUAGACAGUGUCUCAAUUACAUUUAAGCUUUUUUAUAGUAUAAGAUGAGUAAACAAGCAAGUCGCCACCUGAAUAUGCCGAAGUAGCGAAGCAAUCGAUGCCCGGAAGAUCGACGGAGGAUGGGACGCA